CAACCGGCAUGGAGACAAAGAAGCUUCCUAACCUAAUCUUGCGGAGUCAGCGGCAGUUCAGGGAUUUGUUAGCUCGACUCCAGAAAUGUGAGGGUUUAAAAUAAGUAAAUCCAUAACCUAGCACUUGGUAAAUCAACCUAUACACAAUUGAUCUAUCUGAAGAACUUGGUAUGAGCAUGGGAUACACCGAGUAUAUGGAUCCAAAAAGAGGAAAUGCACCACCAUAGGAAACCGGAGGUGGAGGAGGUAAUGCAUCGCCUGGCCCAGGCCACAGUCUGACUGGACCACCCAGAGGACAGAUGAGUUUAAAAAGCAGCCCGUUCUGCCCUCGGUCGUCGAGCAGACUAACUCAGUGCAUUAUUCAAGACCAUAUGGUGUCCCAUUAUAAAAAGGUAUAUUCAGCUAAAGCUGCCAUUGAUUCAUCAGUACCCAAAAGUAUGCUAAGCAGUGUAAAAUACAAUGAUCAGUUACGGCGGGAGCAGUUGAGGAAAGAUGCGUCUAGGUCUGAUAGACGGCCUCAGUCAGCUGGUUCACACUCACAGAGGAGCAGCAGAGCCAACACCAAAGCCUCCUGCCCAUCACAAAAUACUCAAAGUGGAGCAGGUCAAGAAAGUGCCUAUUUCUACCUGGGAAGCUCAAUGAUUUCUACUCCAAGAAUCAACACCUCCUUUCACGCCAAGCAAAUAGUUUACCCGUCCCAAAUGGUCGGAGGGUCUGGGAGCCCCCCGCACUUCUUCCACUGUGCAUCAGAGUACAGCUAUAGGAGCCCAAACUCCCAGAGGCAGCAGCCAGCCCGCUCCACCACAGGUACCCAGAGUGGCUACAAGGCCUUUCAGGACCCUGUCCAGAAGACCUACAGUGGGGACCUGAUUCAGAAACAUGCCCACCGCUUCACCCAGGACAAGCCCUUCACUCCCAGGACUCUGAAGUCAGACAGCAGGUCCUAUCUGUCUCAGUAUCGCUACUACACACCUCCUCGCGGUAAACCAGCCCAGGACCAGGAGAGGACCAUCCCCAGGCUGACACGGCAGGAGACCUAUCAUGGAAGCACACGAACCAAGGAAUGCUCAUCGCCUGAAUGGGAUGAUCAACCCCUGGGACAUGGUACAGAGCAUGAGUGGUCGGAUGCAGACGAUGAGUCCCAUACACUGAAUCUGUCAGCAUUUGGACAACGAAGCAAGGGAAACAAGAGCGUAAGCAGCGACCACUUCCAUCCCUCAUUCAGGGUUUCACCAGAAGGAAUGACAUCUCCUAUCAUGAAGAGGGUGUCUGCAGAGGAGGAAGAAUUUAUGUACCUUGAAUUUAUUGCUGAUGUAACAAAUGAAAUCUUGUCCAGGGGCCUGUACUCUGACAGGGUCUUAGAGCGGGUGUUUGAACGUCACGUUGACAAGAAUAAACAUCUAUUGGAUGAGGACAAAAUGUGCCACCUUCUGGAGACUCUGCGCAAUGACUUGCAAAGUCCAGCCAACACACCUACCUUUAGUGCAGAGCCUAAGAAUGGUGAGGAGACAGAGCUUGACCUUCUUCAUAGUCGUCUCCAGGGUCUGGAUUCUCUGGACAGAGGAGCACUAUCAGAAACCAAAGAGGACAAUGACCUUUUUCCCUAUGCAUUGUUUAACCAGGACAGUGGUGGGCUGGAGAAUGUUGUUCCAUUGUCAGUGUCCACACCGUUAUAUGGUAGCCCUCCUAAGAGGACUGACUCUGACAGUCUGCCUGUUGGUUCACCUGAUGCUGAUGGAGGUGCAGAGGGCCUGGAUGAGCACAAUCAUGACAGGGAAAAUGACUUUCCUCCUUCACUUGGUGAAAAUACCCCUCUGACCCUUGAGGAGGACCACAAUCAAAACCUAGAAGACAAUUAUGGUGGACUAUCCAAAGACCUGGAAGAUCUUGAGAGCAAUCUGUCCGAGUCAUUGCAUGUUUCCAAUGCACCUAAUUCCGCAGGGCCAGUAGUCACUGAGAAUAUAAACACAGUAGCCUCUUUCAGUGAUGAUGAGUUCUGAUUUUAUUAGUAUUUUAGGGAUGAGUUUUGUGAACUUUGUAGUCAAAGGAGACUAUUUUCGAUAACAACAAUUUGAUAUAGGUUUUUGCAUCUUAAAUGUGUUUUAUAAAUGGGAGCUGAUAGGUAUAUUUCAUACUUUUUGCCUAUUCCUGUUCUGGGCACCAUUGCCAUGUGUAUUUCCAGUACAAAGUAUUGACCAAUAUAUAUUUGGAUUAUUGUUACACAAUGAUGAGAAGGAACUAGACCGUAUAUUCAUAUUUUACAGCAACCUGGCGUGAAGUAAUUAAACUGACAGUUCACAAAUGAGUGCAAUAUGAGCAGAACUAUAGAUUUGCAGUGAUGGUGCUGAAUAAGGUAAAUCAAGCAGGGAGGCAGCUGUCCCAUUUCUGUACUUGGCAUUCCGGCUGUAUGAUGUCAUGGCCUCAAUCUGCCGUGUAUUACGCUAUUGUUGAGGAACUACUCAAACUUCUAUAAGGAAUACAGCCGAUUAAACCAUUGUUAGUGGACCUGAAUUAUUUUAUUGUUCGUAGUUUUGUUUGUGCAUUUAAAUCAACGUAGAUCAGCAGAUGUAGCUAGAGAUUCAUACACUUGAUGCUCUUUCGGCAGGAAGUGAAGCACGUUAGCUGGCUUAGUCUGAUUUUGGCAUGAUGCAGGUUAAACUUGAAACAAACUACACUUUCUUUUAUAUUGGACAUAUGUAUCACCUAUUAUCACCGAUAGCCGCUUUGGCUAUGCACAAUUUACAAAUGGACUCAUUUGGUUUUGUCGGACAUCAAUAAGGUAACGGUGAUAAUAUCAGCUAGCUAGUUAUUUACAGGGAUUUUGUUAGGUGACGCCGGGAGAGAAGAGCCCGUUUUGACGCCGACGACGUUCACGUUAGCAAUGCUAGUCUGCUUGCUAAUUAGCUAGUGUACUUACUAGUUUGUAGCUAGCCAGCUAACUAGAUAACGUUACGUAGCCACACGUUUCGGUUGUUUUGGAAGCUUCUCUGAUUUAUAACAGUAUUGGUAACGUGUUGCUUCAACUGAAGUUAGCUUGUUGGCUAAAGUUGAUAGGGUCAAUGAGCUAGCCAACGUGCUAAUUUAGCUAUAGUUAACGUCAUCUACCUAGCUAACGUCAAAUAAGAUGCUGAUAUAUGAUAGAGACUGUCCGUCUCUACCAUCUAACCUGUAUUAAACGUAAUAGAAUGUUGGGUAUUAGCAAAAGUCGUUGAUCUCUUUGUAACAAGCAAAAUUUGGAGCUCACUGCAUUGUCAAAAAUCAAUGUUGAUCUGUUAUUCCAGUGUAAUGAAAGUGUCCUAGUGAUAACUUUUGGCUGGAGAACCAUUGCCAUCAAAAAGGUACAGAGUUAUCGCAGCACAUUCUGAAAUCACUGACUGACUUGUACCAAUAAGUCAGAUGCUCCAUGUCUAGCUAGCUAGCUAAAUGGAUUAACAUUACCAAUAAACUAUUAUCUCGAGGACAGAUUCAAUUUUGUGAGAAUUUUACUUCUGGAUAACCGAGAUUACAAAUAAACAGUGUUCUUUAAAGGGAAUAUGUUUAAUGUGAAGGGACCGUACAUACAUACCCCAACCAGAAACCCAUGGAUUACAGGCAGCUGCCGCACUGAGCUAAAGGUUAGAGCUGCCGCUUUCAAGGAGCGGGACUCUAACCCAGAAACGUCUAAGAAGUCCCGCUAUGCCCUCCGACGAACCAUCACAGGCAAAGCAGAACUAAGAUCGAAUCGUACUACACCAGCUCUGACGCUCGUCGGAUGUGGCAGGGCUUGCAAACCAUUACAGACUACAAGGGGGAGCACAGCCGAGAGCUGUCCAGUGAUGGGAGCCUACCAGACGAACUAAACUACUUCUAUGCAAAUAACACUGAAACAUGCAUAAAAGCACCAGCUGUUCCGGAAGACUGUUGAGAGCAGGUUGAGAGCUUCAAGUUCCUUGGCAUCCAUAUCACCAACAUGGUCCAAGCACACUUGAAGAGGACACGACAAAACCUAUUCCCCCUCUGGAGACUGAAAAUAUUUUGCAUGGGUCCUCAGAUCCUCAAAAGGUUCCACAGCUGCACCAUCGAGAGCAUCCUGACUGGUUGCAUCACUGCCUGGUAUGGCAACUGCUCGGCCUCCGACUGCAAGGAACUACAGAGGGUAGUGCGAACGGCCCAGUACAUCACUGGGGCCAAGCUUUCUGCCACCCAGGACCUCUGGGUGGCCUCUAUGCCAGGUGCUGUCAGAGGAAGGCCCUAAAAAUAGUCAAAGACUCCAACCACCCUAGUCAUAGACUGUGCUCUCUGCUACCGCAAGGCAAGUGGUACCGGAGCACCAAGUCUAGGUCCAAGAGGCUUCUAAUUCAGCUUCUACCCCCAAGCCAUAAGACUCCUGAACAUCUAGUCAAAUGGCUACCCAGACUAUUUGCAUUGAUACACCCCCAACUUUACUCCACUGCUACUUUCUGUUGUCAUCUAUGCAUAGUCACUUUAAUAACUCUACCUACAUGUACAUACUACCUCAAAUAACUGGUGCCCCUGCACAUUGACUCUGUACCGGUACCCCCUGUAUAUAGUCUCGCUAUUGUUCUUUCACUGCUGCUCUUUAAAUACUUGUUACUUUUAUCUCUUAUUCUUAUCUGUAUUUUUUAAAACUACGUUGUUGGUUAGGGGCUCAUAAGUAAGCUUUUCACUGUAAGGUACACCUGUUGUAUUCGGCGCAUGUGACCAAUAACAUUUGAUUUGGUUACGUCUUCCAAUUGGCACUGGUGGUCAGGGAUUGCAGGCUUUUCUUCCAACCAAGCACACUACACAACUGAAUCAAUUUAUCAAUGUUGAUCACUAAAAGCCUGCACACCCUGUACCUUUCCAGAUCCAAAGUUGGUGAUUCAGCAUAACAUGUAAUACUAUUUAGCUUAUAUUGGGAUUUCACAUUUAUCAGAAAAUGUUAGAAAAUAUCAUCUGGAAUUAGCUGGAAAAGGUGUGUUAGUUAUGAAUAAUUGAUUCUUUAAUAACACUUUGUCUCUUUCUUUUCGCAUGGAUAUAUGUAUCCAAUGUAUGGAUGGCCUCAUAUCAACUACAUUUUUGAAGGGCCAAGUUUAGAGAGACAGUAGGGCACAUAUUUCUGCAUCAAAGUUUGAAACAUGCCCUUGCCAUUUGGCUUAAAACUCAAAAGAUCUCGAAGGUAUACAGUCUCAAGCAAGAGCUGUCUGGUCACUCGCAUUCAGCUACUGAAUAGUGAAUUUGUUGAGUUUACGCUUUCUGUGGAGAGCACCGGCCAGGAAUGUUUGGAGGCAGUUGCACCGAGACUGGAGUUAAGAGAGGUAUGUAUGCUCAAGCAAAAUAACUGAAACACUGAUGGUGUCCUUUGUGUUUGUGAUUACUCAUCUCAAGUGGGUGGCCUUUCAGGCUUAAGUUAGGCUAUCAUGGCCUAUGAGCUGUUCUGCAACAUACCUGAUUGAUUUAUAAUCACAGGACUAUCAGAAACCUAGAACGUAUAGGUAUGGAGAGAAUAAUUAGUUCCAGCCAAAAGCAUUCCACAUGGACCGAGUCAUUAUUCAGUCACGUGGGUCUAGUAGUGGUGAUACACUGUGCCAAACAUGCACAGGUCAAGUGGACACACCUCUGCUCAAAAUGGCCUGUAAUCGAACCCACAAAUGCUGAUGCUCCAGUACUCAACUAGUCUAAAGAAGGACAGUUUUAUUGCUUCUUUAAUCAGAACAGUUUUCAGCUGUGCUAACAUAAUUGCAAAAUGGUUUUCUAAUGAUCAAUUAACCUUUUUAAAAUGAAAAACUUGGAUUAACUAACACAACAUGCCAUUGGAACACGUGUGAUGGUUGGUGAUAAUGGGCCUAUGUAGAUAUUCCAUUAAAUAUCUGCCGUUUCCAGCUACAAUAGUCAUUUACAACACUUAACAAUGUCUACACUGUAGUUCUGAUCAAUUUGAUGUUAUUUUAAUGGACAAAAAUGUGCUUUUCUUUCAAAAACAAGGAAAUGUCUAAGUGAGCCAAAACUUUUGAACGGUUGUGUGUGUGUGGCAGCUGAAUUGCGUAUUACAAAAGCACAUAAGAAGCUACAACACAUACAACGUAAGUUAGUGGAUCAAGGACUUGAAGUGGUCAUGCCGAUGGCAUUGAGAGUGGGGGAACUUCGAGCAUGGAUGGUCACGCAGGACCAUUAGUCAGUGAGCAGUCAGAUAAACAGAAAGACUAUAGGACAGGGCACUGAAAUAAACCUAUGGCCACACAGUUGCAGUGGGCAAUCACACUGUGAGCCUUGUAGGUCAACUCCAGAUCCACUGUUCAUUGUGUGAUGCACACUGCUCCACUCCGGCAGACAUUCACAAGACUGGACAGGGAGUGGCAGCAACCCAGCAGCCUGUACCUUUCCUUUGGGCUUGUGGGUCAAGUUGAAAGUUUCAGAUGAGUAAAAGCUAUGUGUACUAGUAUCGGAGCAGUAGUCUAAAAUGUAUCUAUGAUCGUAUGCUAUCCAUUUGUUGUUUGUAUGCUGUUCUUUGUAUGCCAUUUUAAUAUUUGAGAAUUAACCAAUGAUAUUAGGCCACUCUUGGCCAUGAUUACAGACACCUGUCUUUUGACACUAUAUAAACGAGUCACCCCGCAGUGUUUGUGAUUAUACCCUGAUGAAGACAGCUUGGCUGUCAACGUUGGUAAUAAAAAUGUUGCAUCUGA